AUGACCUGUGCAUUCUCAUUUUGUUUUGGGCAAGCAGACAAACUGCCUGCUUCUUCCUUGACCUGUCAAAUUAUUGUUGAGGGUACAAAUCUUACUUUAACUGGUCAACCAGACAGUGUCAUGGCAACUAGAACCGAGAUAUUGAACUUAUAUCCUACGAAAACUCAUCUCAACUUGAAAAUUCCUGAUCAAGACUGCACAAAGCUAAGAAUCGAAUGCGAAAAGAUUGCCAACGAGACGAGCACGACAAUCUCAAUCACUGAACCUAUUCCUCAAUCAUCCUUUGCCUCUCAAAAUACUGUGAAUAUUCAUAUAACCGGUAUACCCGACAAUGCUGAUCUCGCUCGAGUCCGUACACUUGUCAUGUUAGAUAAAAUGUCACAAUUAGAUGUAGAUACUGUCGCAAUUCCAUACAAAUUACAUCAUUUAAUUUGUGGAAGAAAGCGUACUGGCCUUCAAUCAAUUUUGGAGGAAACGGCCACAUCUAUAUACUUUCCAUCUCCUUUCAUCUUUGAGGAAGCCAAUGAAGACUAUUCUCCUCUAAUUUACAUCACUGGAGAAGCAAGCGAUGUAGCACGCGUGAAAGACAUGCUAACAAAAUUGGCUGCACAAAAGGCUCAGUCUAUGUACCAUAAAGAUGCCGUUUUGCACCCUAGAAAAUUAGACUGGAUGUUGCUGCAUCGAAGAAGCGACUUGCGAAAAAUCAUGAGAGACAAUGGCUCAUUUGUAUCAUUUCCAAAGAUGGGUUCUAGCGGCAAUCUUGUUACUGUCUAUGCUGAAAGUAGAGUCAAUGCUGAGCGUACCCUUCGUUCCCUUCACUUUUUGGCCUGUGGCAUCUAUGAAGCAUGUUUCUAUUUUAAUCGUGAUGGCGCUAUUUAUGGUGCGGACGCUGUUCAUACGUUUUUCAAUUCAAUUGCCAAUAUCAUAGCCUUGGUAUCUCAAUUAUCGCAAGUAUCGGGUGCUGAAGUGUCCUACCGCACUGAUCCUGGCUGUAUCGAAGUGUAUGGUACUGAGAGAGCGAUUCGCCAUGUCUACCAACGUCUGCAUGAUAUGUCAUUCCUCAAGAUGUUUCACCAGAGCACAGUCUUCAACGUCGAAUUAUCAAACGAUCAGCGCGAGUUCAUCAGCGGAAAGAAGAGUGGAAAGAUUAACAAGAUCAUGAAGACAUCAGGCGCCAAAAUCAAGUUUGUGCCAUUCAGCGAAUACAAUUUUAUCAUCGAGGUCGAAAGCAACAACUUUAACAAAGCAUUGGACGGUCUGACGCUAUUGCAAGAGGAACUGCCUGCUGAAAUAUCGUUCUACGUACCCGAAGUAUAUCACAAACGGAUCAUUGGUGUUGGUGGUAAAAAUAUUCAGCGCAUCAUGAAGAAGUAUGGUGUUUAUGUCAAAUUCUCCAAUGCUGAGGAAUUCGCUGCCCUGGGCGGUUAUUACGACAAUGAAGACAAUGUAGUGGCCAGAACGCCGAUGAAGAAUCAAAUUAACCUGGAGAACUUGCGACAUGCUGUGAUGGAUUUGAUCAAUCCCAAGGAUAGAGACUGCGUCGAGCAAGUGCUUUAUGAUAUACCUUUCUGGCUGCACCGUACAUUGAUUCGCGAUCAAGCUGCCUAUUUAGCAGAGAUGACUAAAAAAACCAACACACAUCUGAUUUGGCCCGACGAUGAAGUAGCAAGUGAUUGCUUGACGCUAGUUGGCCCUGAAUCCCAGGUCGGUUUAGCUGCUCAAAUGGUCAGAUCAGUUGUGCCUGAGGAAUACGACGUUCAUUUGCCUUACUCAACUCACCUCAACACAGUUUUGGAAUCCGAUUCAUACAAAGAAGUCGUUCAACGUAUUGCAAGCGACUACAACGUUUUGGUAGAGGUGAAGACGAAGAAACAGCAAGAAGGUGAAAACGAGAGCGACCAGGUCAUUGCGUUUAAGAUGACAAAGGGAAACCUGGAUUGUUUGAAUGUAUCAUUGGAGGUCCUCAUUAGCUACUUCAAGAGUCAGCAAGUCAACUUGUACGAAGACAGCGCUAUUGUUAGACAUGCGGCCAACCCUACUGUUGCAGGCAUGUCAGUACCAAACUCAAGUAACUACCCUUUCUCCGCUGCCAUGGCUUUUGAUAGCAAAAUGAUGCCAUCAGCAUUGCCGUCUGACCUGGUUUCUCCAACGCCGUCAUCCUCAUCUUCUCUUUUGAAUGACUUUCCUCCACCACCGUUGCCCGGUAUGAACAGUGGUCUGAAGAGCUAUUCAUUGUUUGAUUAUCCCAGUUCAACCAGCGGCAAUGCUCUUGAUGCUUCAUGGAAAAACUUUAGAGACAUGAAUUCACCCAAGACCGUUGAAAACAUCCGUGCAAUUUUUGAUACUCCAGAGGCAAACAAGCCACCUCCACCACCUUCCAUCUCGCUGGUAUCUCCACUAAGCUUCCGUGGCGGCCCUCCUCCCACAAGCAGUGCCCAGAAUGGCUUGGACAUUUGGUCUAACCCACCACAGCAAGUAUCUCUGAAUGGUUUCGUCGGUAGUCCUCCUCUCUCUGGCUUCGUAGAAACUAAACCACAGCACUCCAUGCUGUAUUCGAUGGAUCAUCACAAUACCCAUCACCUUCAUCAUCACCACAAUGGCAGUAAUGGAUUUUAUCAGCCUCUUGGAGCCAAACCUGAAUUCAACAAUGCUUAUGUUGUCCCCACGUCAUCUACAUCUACAGGAAGUAACAACAGUUCAAUGCACUCAACUCAAUCAAUGCCUGACAUUAUGCUGGAUUCUUCUUCACCUAAAAAGUCGACCAACUUACCUUUCCAAAUCAACAAUUAUAUUCAUACCCAAACCCCACUCCCUCCAUUGAUUUAUCCAUCUUCAACUACCACCACUGCAGCAGCCACCGCCAAUGGCAAUAGUAACCCCUUAUCCCCCUCUGCUGCAGCAGUGAAAUUUGCAUUAUCAUCAUCUGUUUCGACUCCAACAACAGCUGCUGCUGCCGCAUCUUCAACCAAAUCAAACGCAAAUGCCACUGCAACACCUUGUACAUCUUCAUCAACUACAGCAACAAAAAAUGUUAAUGGUAUAGACAAGUCUUUAGAAUAUCCAGCUCUUUUUUCAUUAAACCACUCUUCUGCUGAUGAAACUGUUAUUGUUCAAAGUCUAUUGAACAAUAUGUCGAUAGGGCAAUCGAGUAAUUUGACACACUAA